AUGAAGGACUCCCCGUGCUUCUGCCUAUCUUUCAAACCCGAGUCUCUCGCUUCGAUACCGCAAACUUUGCAAAGAUACUUCUUAGCUUUGUUUGUUGGCUCCGCGAUUGGAUCAAAUAUCGACCGAGGCUUGGUGAGGUCCGAGCAAGAUUCACUUGGAACCGCAAUGUCAGUCUCGGAGCGUCAUGACGACUUGACCGGCGAGGAGCAUGAGAGUGAGAACGGUGAAUCUCUCGAAGUGACAUUUCACUACGCGGACUGUUUUGAACGGGAUGAAGCUGGAUAUAUGGGCGUGACCCUCCGCAGGGAUCGCGGUGGGGACAUUAUCCCUGGAUCAGCGACACCAUUCUUCAGAGCCAACAACGAGAUGAUCAUUCAGAGAGCCAUUUCAGCAGCUGUUGACGCUACUGAGGACGAAAGCCGUCGUUCUCGUGUACCACCUGAAAGACCUCCACGCUCACCCUUGCCGAUACUAUCUUGGGACCGGUUGGUGAGAUUGGAGAGUAACGUCGAAAGAGAGCGUGAGGCAGCCGAGAUCGCCUCACCACGAGAGCUAGAUAUUGAACCUGACCAGUCAACUUGGCCACGCAACUGGGACACACAUCAUGAUUAUUUCCUCUGGACCUGUCGGGGGACUGUCGAUGUCAUCACCGAACAUCUUCAGGCCGUCUUUCGAUUUGAACCUGCCAUCGAUGAGGCCUUCGUUGCCGCGAGACUUUGUGGAGUAAACGCAUAUAAACAACUAACAUUUCUCCAAAAGUACCUCCCUGGUGAGAUCCACUCCUUGCAGCGGGCUGAGGCUCGUGGCAUCAUGUAUGAGGCAGACAUCUCGCAUCCUGAUAUUCGCAUGGGAUCGCAGGACUUUGAUUUAGAGCAGCUAGAUGCCGGAGAUCCAAAAUACAUUGAGCCCGUCCUUCCUUGCUGGGCACCUCCCAACUGGGGCCGUGCCGACGACGCAUUCGCAGCUUUGUACUUGGGCGAGGAUCCGAUUGUGUUUCAACGUGAAUAUGGCUGGGCUUGCACCGAGAUACCAACCAUUGAAUUUAUCAGCAUUCGAAUGGCUCAAAUCCCACACUUGAAUCUUAACUGGAUGGAGUUGCGGGCUGCGAAAUCCCGCCAUGAUAUCCUUGUCACUACCUGCCAGUCAGUCCCCCCAGGGUACCAGUUCUUCUGA